AUGGCACCCGGAGAUAACUUUGUCUUCGUCAACAAGAAUGCCCGAUCCUCGACAUUAUCGCGCUCGCAGGGUCAAGAGCGACGGCAAAUUUUCUCACGGGCCCAAACAAGCUCGACCACCUGCUCGCCUAAAGACUUCGUCGUGGUUACUGCAUCCAAUUACGCCUCUCCGGGCACCAAUCACCAAACACGACUUAGAGGACGGGACGCCGAAGAAAAACGACAGCCACGCCUCAGAGAACUAGCUCCAUCGGAGCUUGACCCAUUCCAGUCAUUUUCGGUGCACUUGAAGAAAGACAUGCAAUGCAUGCUUACAUACUGCAUGGCGAACGCCGUGAUAGCAGCUCGGACUCGAGAUCAUGCCCGUACUCAGAGCGUCAUUCGCUGCAGGUAUCAGACUGUGCUUCAUAUCCGGCAGAACCUGCGUUCAGGGCCAAGUAUUAGGCAUAGCACAGUCUAUGCGAUUGCACUCCUUCUGCGUCUUGAGUGCGGUCAAGGAGACCUUGAUGCUGCCAGGGCUCAUUUCAAAGGCUUGGUCACCAUUCUAGAUCUACUAGAUUCGCAGAUCCAGCUUCCGCCCACACUGCUCAUGAGCAUGCAAGCCUCCAUGGAUCAUUGUGCAGCAUUAUUUGGCGAGAACCCUCAUUUGAUACCUAAUCGGCACCUACAACAAAGCCAGAAUGAUGGUCUUCUCGUCGGCGGUAUCCCAGUUUCAGGACUUCAAAGACUGGCUCUUGGGAGUGGGCCAAAAUCUUCUCCUCUACUCAAUUCGCCAUACAAUGAUUUUGUCGGGCCUGUGCUGACCGACAUAUUGAGGAAGCUGCAUACGAUCGACAUGUACCACAAUCUCGUGCUACGCAAAGAAGUGCUGGUUUCAAGUGAGCAACUGCAGGCACUCUUUAUUGCGAGGCUGGCACAGCAGCGUCGGCUGCAACGGUCGCUGUCACCACAAUCCGAGACUGAUCUCACCACCCGAGCGCAAGAGGUUGUUCGUCUCUGCCUUGUACUGGUCCAUGGCCCACCUGUCAACAUUGCUCUGCCACGGACUCCCUUCCACAGCUCUUUAGCUCAACAGCUCGAUUCGGCGCUUGUCGAGUCUCUCGUUCCGGGUGUAUGGCAGCCAUGUCCAGAACUCUUACUAUGGGCUCUGAUCAUGGCAGCUUGCAUUUCGCAUGAAGAGGAGCAAUGGAGAUGGGUCCUCCAUUACACCGCGUCGGCAUGCAAGGCGCUACAGAUUGACAGCCUGGAACUUCUCCGAGCGCAUCUUAUCAAGUUUGGCUUCGUUCCAGACUACGCGGCUCUCUUGAACACAAUCUGGAACGAGAUCAACGUUAUUGAGCAAGAACAGGGGGUUGACCCGCUCUUGUCUAUCGUUUGA